AUGUCAUUUUUAUGUGGGCUUCCUAUACUUGAGUGUGUUUAUUGUUUGGGUUGUACUAGGUGGGUUUGGAAAAAAUGUCUGUAUACUGCAGGCUAUGAGAGUGAAAAUUGGGGUCUGGCUACUGCGGAAGAGUUCGAGCCUAUACCACGUUUUUGUCGCGUGAUCUUAGCUGUUUACGAAGAUGAUAUUCGUAACCCUCAGUGGGCUCCGGAAGGGGGUUAUGGGAUUAAUCCGGAUUGGAUAAUCUUGCGGAAGGAUUACGGGGAUAACCAAGGGUGUGUUACUCCUUAUAUGAUAUACGUUGAUCAUGAUCGCGGGGAGAUUAUACUUGCGGCAGCCGAGUGGGUCUUUGAUGCAGAAUGGGAGGUUUUGAGGAAGCUAAUAGCAGAGUACCCGACUUAUAUGCUGACAUUUGUUGGACAUUCGCUUGGGGCUGGGGUGGUGGCGUUAUUGACAAUGAUAGCGCUUCACAAUCGCGAGAAAUUGGGGUUACUGAGAAACAAGAUAAAAUGCUAUGCGAUUGCUCCUGCUCGAUGCAUGUCUCUCAAUUUGGCUGUAAGAUACGCAGAUGUGAUCAAUUCUAUUGUACUACAGGAUGAUUUUUUACCCCGGACAACCACUGCUAUGGAAACCGUCUACAGGUCGCUGUUAUGUUGGCCUUGUUUAUUGUGUCUCUUGUGCUUAAAGGAUACUUGCACGCUGGAGGAGAAGAAGCUUAGAGACCCAAGGCGUCUGUACGCACCUGGUCGUCUCUAUCACAUUGUGGAGCGGAAGCCCUUCAGGUUUGGAAGAUUUCCACCGGUUGUUAGGACAGCCGUACCUGUUGAUGGGAGGUUUGAUCAUAUAGUUCUUUCUUGCAAUGCGACUUCUGACCAUGCCAUCCUUUGGAUCGAGAGGGAAUCCCGACAGGCGCUCGAUUUAAUGCUAGAGAAAGAUCGGCAUAUGGAUAUUCCGGCAGAGCAGAAGAUGGUGAGGCAAAAAUCUCUAGCUCGUGAACACAGUCAAGAGUAUCGCGCAGCCCUUCAGAGAGCAGUUGCUUUGGAUAUUCCUCAAGCAUACUCACCUUCCUCAUAUGGAACAUUUCAUGAAAUUGACAUUGAGGAAGAUUCUGGAAGAUCUAGUGGUAAAAGCUCCUUGUCUCACGAGAAACAAUCGGAAGGUUGGAAUGAAUUUGUCGGGCGCAUGUUUGAAGUGGAUGACACAGGUCAAAUGGUGUUCAAGAAGACAACUCCUUAA